AUGGAAGACUUCACGAAGUCGAUGAAGAUCGGUCGGGGCCCCCAAGCAGACCGCGGGGCCCCCGAUAAGGGGCAGGGGCGCCUCACCAAGUGGGCGCAACAGCAGCGGGCGACGGCGGACGGGGCACUGGCGGGGGGGGAGGAAACACCUAUGGUUUCGAGCCAUCAUGGUCAUCAUGGCUCUUCGUCUUUUGUUGCUCCGAGGGCGGGCUCUCCUAGUCCUCGGCGGCGGUGGCGGCCCGCCCUCGUCCAUCGCCGCUUCCUGGUCCUCGAGGUGACCUACGUGUCUGCGAGGAACGGCCGCGGCUGCCGGGAGAAGGUGCUCAUGGCUCUCGAGCAGCAGGACUCCCAAGAGGAUCCCGAUACCCCCCCAGCGGCGGCGGCGGCGGCGGCGGCGGCUGGGGAGGCGGCGACGGCGAACCUCCCGGCGGAUGAUAGUGGGGAGGGCGCCGGGAUGGCUCAACAAAGGAAGAUCACCCUUCUCGGGGACUGGUACGACUGCGAGGUGGAGCCCGGCGACGGCGUGCACGUUCUUUUCCCGAUGCCGGCGGCGGCGGUGGCGGCGGCGGCGGCGGGAGAGGGCUUGGGCAUGGAAGAGGAGGCAUCUCGGGACGUUGUCGUGGACAACGCUUCCGGGAGGCUGGUGGUCGUCCACCCGGACAUCCUGGUGUCCCCGACCAAGGUAGCCGAGACGGUGGCGUGCGCGCGGAAGGCCGUCCUGCAGUCGCGGCUAGCCUCCGACGCCAGCAAGAGCAAGGCUGCCGUCAUGGGCAACCUAAAGCACGAGCUCUUCGAGACGUCCCUCCUUGCCGCGGCGGCGGCAGCGGCAGCGGCGGCGGCGCCGGGGUGGCAGGGGCAAGGGCGGGGCGGCGGCGCCCCGCCGCUGCUGACGCCCCAGUACAUGGCGGAGCUGGUGGACCGCAUCGUGGUGUCGCAGCUGGAGGCCCUGUACGGGGCGGGCUUCGACGAGGACGCCGCGCGCGGUGAGCUGCUGAGCGUAAGCGGGUCGAUCCUGGAUUGGCACCGGUCGUUCCUCGUGCGGAACGGCGGCGGCGGCGGCGGCGGCAGUAGCGGGCUUCGACGCUCCCCUCAUAGCGGCGGCGGUGGGGGUGGUCGUAGCCCCGGCAGCGGCCGCAGCAACGCCUCCGCGGCCGGCGGGAACAACGGCGGAAUGGCGAGUCUUACCUCGGACGGUGCCAUGGCGGCGACCGUAGCUGUUUCUCGAGUGCUUGCCACCGAAGAUGACGUGUGGAGUCCGGUCCUGGGGCUUAAGGGUAUCAUGGACGCCACGGUGGAGGCUGUCGUUGAGCCCCUGGUGGGGGGGGGGGGGGCCCCGUCGUUAGUGAUGCCCGUGGAGGUGAAAACUGGGAAACGGAAAGGGGAGGCCAACAGCACCCAUCGGGCCCAGGUGAUGCUGUACACGCUGCUCCUCCGCAUGAGGUAUGGGCACGACGCCUCCACCAGCGGGCUCCUGGUGUACACCGCAGCCGACGGUCUGCGUACGGAGCUCGUAUCGCCCGUGGCGGCCGAAAUCCGAGCCCUCAUCCUCGCCCGCAACCGCCUCGCCACGGGCAUGGCGGAGAUCGGGCGCGUCGGUCUCGUAGGGGGAGACGCGGAUGGGGGCGGCGGCGGAGGGGGGGGUGCGACCCUGCCCCCCGUGAUACGGAGGCCGAGGGAGUGCGGGAUGUGCUUCCAGAACUCGGAGUGCAUGUUGUACCACCGUGCGGCGGAAGGGGGCGACGCGGAUAGCAGUGGGCUCGAGCCGGGGGUGUUCGACAGCAAGGUGGGUCACCUGAGCGAGGCACAUUUGGCCUUCUUCUCUCGGUGGGACCGGACUAUCGACCUGGAGGCUAAGAUCGGAGAGCAGGUGAGGCGGACGAUGUGGCAGGAGAGCGGCCCCGAGCGAGAAUCCCGCACCCAGAAGUGCAUGUCCGGCCUGGUGUGGCUGGGAGAGCGGGAGCGGGACGAAGGCUUCGGGUUGGAGGCAGCGGGAGAGGCGGCGGCGGCGGCAGCGGCAGCGGCAGCGGCAGCCGUCGGCGGCGCGCCCAACGCCGGCAACAAGCGCUUCACGCACGUCUUUUCAAGAGAAUGGGCGGUACCGGAGGGGAUCGCCGCUGCCGCUGGCGGACGCGUUAGCGGCGGCGGCGGACGCGUUCCCGGUGGGGGUGUUCGGAUGAAGCGGCGCUGCGGCGGCGGCGGGGACAGGGGCGCCGGUGGCGACCGCUGCCCCCCCGGGGGAGGGCAAGGGCGGCGGCAACGGCGGCUCCCCCGCCGCCUGGGGCGAGCGGCCCCGGUGGGCGAAGCCCUUGAAGGCCCUGAAACUUUCGGUGGGAGCCAUGGUGUGCUUCAGCGCGCAGGUUCGGAGUAG